GUGCCUAUGGAAGACAAUAUAAUCAUUAGUAAUUCACUUGACUGUACAUGAUUGAACUUGUUAUUAUUUUAUAUGCUACAAAAAUAUCACAGGCAUGUCCUUAAAGAAUGUGUGCUUCAUCAUAAGAAACGCUUCAUGAAAGGAGUUAUUAGUAUUGUAUAGAAUAAACAAUAACCCAACAACAUACACAGGAGUUCAAGAAGUACGUUCAUCUUUCCGCUUGUUUGCGUGACCAGACGUCGAUAUGCGCACGCAUCCGGAAUAUUGACUUCCGCUGGAGACGAUAAACAAUAGUACCAUGGCAGGAGAGUAGAGAGACUUCUAACAUGGCGCCGGAUUCCAAGCAUAGGAAGGAUCCAACGGAUCCCCAUUUAAAGUUCCUGACAAGAUCUCGGCGUCUUAUUUCAACGACUAGGGAUCAUAUGAACAAUGUCGGUCGAAUAUCGGCCGAAAUACAUGUACUCUCUCAAAGUAUUCUAGCGGAUCAUGACGAAUUCAUACGAGCAAGAUCCGCUCAAAAUGGCAAUUCCGAUCCCGUGGAAGAUCCCAGUAUUCAGAGAGAGAUAUCUUUUGAAGUGUCGAACGCGUCUGAAAAUGAGGCAAACGAUCAACCAGUACCCCGCUUUACAGAAAACACUCUCAAAGUACCCAUUCGCUACCCGGAUAUUCAUAGUGGUGGGAUUCAUAGACCCCAGAAGGACCAGGGACCGUCGAUAAGGAAACAUAAACAUCGACACACACAUGAUAAACUUCCACAGAUUAACAAACACUCGGUUACGGCUGUGCCUCAAGCCGCUGCAAGUAUUUACAGAAACCCUCAAAUCCCUUAUGUCCCCCAUAAACUGUUGCCAAAGGUUAAACCGGAACCGGUAGCUGUUUACAAAGAGGUUAAUUCGAAUAGACACUCCGUUGCCCGUUUGAAACUGCACAGACUAAAGGUAGAAGACAAGACAGAUAAUUUGCCUACUAUUACACGUAACAACGUCGAUCGAAAAUAUGUGAGUGACAAAAAGCCUCGGAAGGAGGUUGCUGCUAAUAAGCUUCCUGUGAUAAAACAUCAACUUCCGGUUUACCGAGCGCCUGCGCAGAUCAUGCAACCGCCAGGCUAUGCGCCUCGCAUUGAGGCAAGGCCGCCAGUGGAUGUCAAGGUUGAGGAUACAACUGUCAGCGUGCCUACCAACAAUGCGGAUAUAAAACGUAAUAGUGCUAUGCAGAGAAAUGUGCUUCCCGAGGUUGCUGUGAAACACCCAACACCUCAAGGACGAGUACCAACAGGUAGGGUGCCAAGGAUAAAUCGCCUGCAACUUAAGUCAGGUCUGCUUCAAAGUGGAGAAAAGGUAGAAUUGUCUGUAAAUGGGAAGAAAUUGAACGAACUAAUUCUCCUCGGGAGGGAGACAAGAAAGGAGUCGUCUGCAACACCGCGAAUUUCGACGUACAGACCAGAGAGUAAAAAGAAAUUGAAACGUAAGGAAACAGUUAUACUUCCCAAAGUUAACCCAGGGCCUUCAUUUUCGCCGGAUUUCAAACCCUCUAAACGAUACCACCGUCCCUCGUACAUGAUUACCUCCCCUGUUCCAGUUUGUCACCUGGCGCCAACGCCAUCGCUUGAGUCCUAUAUGUCACUGUCGCCGAUGCCAUACAUUCAUCAGAUGACCUUGACCCCACGUCAAACUAUGUUGUUGUCUGGGUCUCCUGGCAACCUGACGUCACAUUCUCGACCCGGUUCACUGAUAAGAGAGUCGCCUCUGGUAGUGACAAAAUUGCCGAAAAUACCUGCAUCGGGCGAGGGAGCGACUUGAUGCUUUCUCUGUCCAUGAGUACUUGAAUCGUCAAUUGUGGAACAGACUUAAGAUUGACUCUGUAUGAUCCGAACAAUUGUUAAAAAUAGCAUCGGUGGGAUCUUUGCUUGUGAGCUACAGUCCAUGUGCCGAGUCAAGGUGGCGCAUUGACGAAUACACGUAGCGCAGUAACCCCACGUGCACAGUGUCACACUCCUCCAUGUCCGCUGUUCAAUGGAAAUGGGUUAUUCCGCUGCAUUCGAAACACCUGGUGUCCCAAAACUCGGUGUUCACUUCGUUUCGUCUGAGGUUGUUGAGCAGUGUAUAACAAGACGUGUGACACUGUGGUCACUUAAACACAAUAAAAAGGUGAUGUGAUAUAUGAGUGUGUGUGUGCAGAAAGAGGAUACCUGCCAACAAGAUGGUCUGAUGUCGUACCAGUAGGUUCAUUCCGAGAGGUGUUGUGUAUGACCAAUGAUUGUACAUAACCAUGGCUCAGUAUCAUACACCCUGAACUGGUGUAUAUAUUUGUGUCUAGAAUGUUUCUACCUCAUGAGUCAUAUUGACGGACACUGAUAUAAAUGUGCUUCUCGAAGAAAGGCAUUAUUUUAUGAAAUGAAAUUCAAGGAUUAGUGAUCUUGACUCUCUUGCUGCGAGAAAAGUAUACACCCGUUCACUGAUGAACUAAUAAUACCAAUCAGGUUUAAACGGAUUAGCGCAAUCGUUUUCAGUUCAUAAGAAGACUUUAUUAUAACGCCGGGUCUUAUAAACGGCCGU